ACGCACAGAGCGUCAAACCAGGAAGUGUGACGUCAUCAAUGAAAAGUCCAGAGUUCGCCGAACGUCUGAUUCUGUGAAGUAAAGGCUGAAAAGUCCAACUCUCUCCGCGUGCACGGAGGUCAACGUGACACGAGCCUUCAGUCUGGGAACAGGAGCCAGCAUGACCCGGGUCAGCAGUCAGCAGUGGGGAACGGUUCCCAGCCUGGGCGGGGUGGACUUGUGGGUCCUGGAGUCUCCUCAGGUGAAGGUGGAGGUCCUCACCCUGGGGGCCAUCAUCAAGUCUGUGUUCAGCCGAGGGAAGAACGGUCAGACGGAGGAUGUGGUCCUCGGAUUCGAUGACCUGGAAGGUUACCUGUCGGAUAAGCGGUACCUGGGCGCACUGGUGGGUCGCGUGGCCAACAGGAUCGCUAGAGGCCGCUUUGUUCUGGACGGCAAAGAGUACCAACUGGAGACCAACAAUGGACCCAACGCAAUUCAUGGAGGUGUGAAGGGCUUCAACAAGGCUUUGUGGCUCGCUACAGAGGUGCAGGACGGUGUUCAGCUGAGCCUCAACAGUCCAGAUGGAGACCAAGGUUACCCUGGAGAGGUCCAGGUGUGCGUCACCUACACUCUGCAGGGGGAAACACUGACAGCUGAAUACCGGGCUCGCUCCAACAGAACCACUCCCAUCAACAUCACUAACCACUCUUACUUCAACCUGGCUGGGCAGGCUGCAGCAGACGUGUACGAUCAUCAAGUUUCUAUCUGUGCGGAGUCUUUCCUUCCUGUUGAUGAGACUUCCAUCCCCACAGGAGAGACCAGAGCCGUACAAGGAAGCCCUUUUGACCUCAGAGACCCGGUUCUGAUUGGAGCGAGGCUCAAAGAGCUUCCCGGUCCAGGGUUCGACCACAACUUCUGUCUGUCCUUCCCUUCAGAUCCCUGGAUGGAACGACACGCUGCCAGAGUAUGUCACCCACCCAGUGGUCGGGUUCUAGAGGUUUCUACCAGCCAACCAGGAGUCCAGUUUUAUACUGCCAACUUCCUGGACGGUUCUGUGCCAGGAAAAGGUGGAGCUAAGUACAGGAAGCACGGCGCCUUCUGUCUGGAGACUCAGAAUUGGCCUGAUGCUGUGAACCAGGCCUCAUUUCCGGACUGUCUCCUUCGUCCCGGGGAGGAGUAUCACCACGUCACCCGCUACACCUUUACCACCGUCUGAUCCCCGUCAUCCACACAGAGACUGCUGAUGAUCCAUCCAUCUUCCACGUCUGUCCCAGCUACUGUUGGCUGAAGGCGGAGUACACCCUGGACAAGUCACUCGUCCAUUGCAGGGCACACACACAACCACACACAGAAAAAGAAAAUGGAAUGAUCUCACCAAAAUGUACACUAUAUUAUUAUAUAGAGUAUUGGCUCUCCUGCCUUGACUUACAUAUGAUCUAAAGUGACAUCUCAUUCCUAACCCAGAGUUCAAUAUGAUGUCUGACCACCUUUUGCAGCUAUUCCAGCUUCAACUCUUCUGGGAAGGCUGUCCACAAGGGUUCAAGCGUAACCAAACCCUAAAUCAACUUUUUUUG